AGAGAGAGAGAGAGAGGCACUUGCAGGCAUUAGGGCUCUCACAGCAGUGGUGAAUGGCAGAUUGCCUGCUGAGGCUGUGAAGAAGCGCAAUUUCUGGUAAGGGGAGGAAAACAGACAAGAAGAAAAACAAGUAACAAAUAGCAUCCCUGUACUCAAGGCAGCACUGGCCUGUAUUUUCACCGGAGACUGCAUGGAGACCUAAAGAUUUGGGAGUUGCCUUCAUACCAGUUCCAACAUCCUUGCAAUUGGCUCAGCAUCUCUUCCUCUUCCCACAGGUACUGUCUGCUUCUCUGUUUCAAUUCCGUGCACGAUAAAUAAUGAACUUUCUGCGGCGAAGGCUGUCUGACAGCAGUUUUAUUGCUAACCUGCCUAACGGAUACAUGACAGACCUUCAGCGCCCAGAACCUCAGCAGCCCCCUCCCCCCGUGGCCUCUCCUGCACAGGAGAGGAAGCAGGCUGCACCGGCAACUGGAACAAGCUUCUUCAGCUCCAUCUCAAAUGCUGUAAAGCAGACAGCUGCCUCAGCUGGAUUAGUAGAACAGACCCCAGCCACCACAAGCAAGAAGUUCAAAGUGCUUCUUGUCAUCGAUGAUCCACAGACUGAAUGGGCCAAAGUUUUGCGUGGGAGGAAGGUUCUGGGAGAUUAUGACAUCAAGGUAGAACAGGCAGAAUUCUUUGAACUGAACUUGGUAUCACAUGCAGAUGGCACUUGCAAUGUGGACAUGCAUGUCAUUAGAAAUGGCACAAAGGUGGUCAGGUCCUUCAAGCCUGACUUUGUGCUCAUUCGGCAGCAUGCCUUUAGCAUGGCUGAGAACGAGGAUUUUCGCAACCUCGUCAUUGGCCUGCAAUAUGCCGGAGUCCCCAGUAUCAACUCCUUAGAGUCCAUAUACAACUUUUGUGACAAACCUUGGGUGUUCUCUCAGCUGAUUAACAUCUACAAGCACUUGGGACCAGAGAAGUUCCCCUUAAUUGAGCAAACCUUCUACCCUAAUCACAAGGAAAUGAUUAUAAUGCCAACAUUUCCAGUAGUGGUCAAAAUUGGACACGCACACUCUGGCAUGGGAAAGGUGAAGGUAGACAACCAUUAUGACUUUCAGGAUAUCGCCAGUGUGGUGGCACUUACUCAGACAUACACAACGACAGAGCCCUAUAUUGAUUCAAAGUAUGAUAUUCGCAUUCAGAAGAUUGGAAACAACUACAAAGCCUAUAUGCGGACCUCCAUUUCUGGCAAUUGGAAGACAAACACUGGCUCAGCAAUGCUGGAGCAAGUAGCCAUGACAGAUAGGUACAAGCUGUGGACUGAUGCCUGCUCCCAGAUGUUUGGAGGUCUGGAUAUUUGCGCAGUCAAAGCCCUUCAUGGCAAAGAUGGCAAAGACUAUAUUACAGAGGUAAUUGGCUCUUCCAUGCAGCUCAUUGGAGAACACCAGGCUGAAGACAGACAGCUGAUUGCAGAUAUGGUCGUAGCCAAAAUGAACCAGGUGCUGUCCAGAACAGCAAAUGCUUCUCCGCAGAGAAGUAUCAGCACCCAACAGCCCCAGAGUGGUUUGCUCCAAGAUGGUCAGACAGAGUCCAGCAAGACCCAAGCCCAGCGACCAGCCCCUCAAGGGGGCCCAUGGCAACCCCAAAGUCAAGAGGUGGUGCAAGAGCAAGCCCAGGGUCCGUCUGCAGAGGGAGUGAACCCCCAGCUGGCAUCUCCUCCCACCAGCCAGCAAGGACAAGGGGUGCCCCCCGCAGGACAGAUACUGCAACAACAGCCACCACCCCGGCCUCAGCCUCCAGCAAUCUCACAGCAGAGAACCCUGCCGCAUCCACAGCUCAACAAGUCGCAGUCACUGACCAACGCCUUCAGCUUCAGUGAGUCGCCCUUCUUUCGCUCCAGUGUCAACGAGGAUGAAGCAAAAGCAGAGACCAUCCGCAGCCUGAGGAAAUCCUUUGCCAGUUUGUUUUCAGAUUGAACUGUGCGAUUCCCAAUGUUUUUGUAGAGAGGCAGACAGAGGAGGGCCUCCUCUGUGAUCAUGUGCACCCAAACCUGAAUCUCCCUUUUCAGCUCUCUGUGAAUCCUUAAAUCAGCUAAGUAUUUUUCCUCUCUGUAGCUCAUAACAGGCCCUUACUUUAUCCCUGUAUCCUACAUAGGUCUGAGGCCUACUGUUUUGUCAAUCUGCACUCGCCUUGCUUUAUCUGUGUGCAAUAAGCAAAGGCUUAUUAGAGAUUGGC